GAAGAAGCAGUGCAGGCUAACCGCAGUGUUCUUGACAAGCUUAACCUGGAGAGAGUAUGGCCUCUACAAUUAGCCUUCUUCCAGAGAAGCACUUCCUGUGCUCUCUGUGUAGAGACAUCUUCACCAGCCCGGUGACCAUACCAUGUGGACACAACUUUUGCUUGUCCUGUCUCUGCCACUACUGGACACGACACCAGUCCAAAUGCUGCCCCCGCUGCAGGAGACUGUUUAGUGACAGGCCUGACCUCAGCGUCAACCGCAUCCUGGCUGAAGUCUCAGAUAACUAUAGGAAGACCCGACCACAGAAACCACCAGAUGAGGAAAUGGUUAUAGAUGUCGAGCAAAUGAUUCAGGAGAGGCAGCAGAAGGUUGAAAGGUUGAAAUAUGCUCUGGAGCUCCAAAAGAACUCCUACCUCCGAGAGGUGCGUGAGAGCCAGAAGGUUUUUUCCGCCCUCGUACACGCUAUGGAGAAGAACCACAAAGCAGUGGUUGACGCAAUUGAGGGGAGACAGAGAGAGGAGGAGAAGAGAGUAGAAACACUAGUGAAGGAGAUCGAACAGGAGAUCAAGGAGCUGAGGAAGGAGACCACUGAAGCCGAUCCCCAUAUUCCUGUAAUAAGUGAUCAAGACGACGAUACGAACCAAGUUACCGUGAACAUUGUUCCCACUGUUUGCCCCUCUGAGAUGAAGGAUUGGUCCAAGGUUACCAUAGAAACUGACCCAUGUGUUGGGGUCACCAGACGAGCACUGUCAGACAUAAUGGAGAAGAUUAAGGUAGAAGUCAACAGGCUCUCCAAAUCGGAAUUGAAAAGAAUAGAGAAAAACAUAGUGGAUGUCAAUCUGAGCGCUAAAACAGCCCACCCCUUCCUCUCCGUCUCAGAUGACAGAAAACAGGUGAGACACACGGACAAGCUUCAAGAGGUACCAGAUCACCCCAAGCGGUUCGACCGUGUGGCAAACGUGCUGGCAAAAGAAAGCUUCAGCGGCGGGAGGUGCUACUGGGUGGUGGAGGUCGGGGAGAAGAUCGAGUGGAAUCUGGGUGUUGUCAAACAGUCCAUAAACAGGAAGGGCAAAUUCUCUGUCUGCCCAGCAAACGGUUUCUGGACUUUAAGCCUGAAGCCUGGAGGCCAGUUCAUUGCCAACACCUCUCCCGUGACGCCGUUGGCUCUGGAGCAGAGACCCAGGAAGGUGGGCGUGUUUCUGGACUACACUGAGGGCCGCGUGUCCUUCUACUGCGCAGAAUCUGGAGUCCACAUUCACACCUUCACAGAUACAUUCACUGACAGGCUUCAUCCAUUCUUCAGUCCUGGUCGCCUGCAUGGCAGCAAAAACGAUGCUCCCCUAAUCAUCUCUUCGAGUUUCUGCAGCAUCUAAACAUCAUAUUAUUGUUUUUAUUUUUAUAUUUAUAAUUCUCCAUUAUAAAUACAGUUGUUGUGCAUGUGAUUAUCUUUUCAGUAUCAAAUCCAG